AUGGACUCAUCCGACUGUCCAGACAAGCAGUGCCCGGAACAGGACGAGAGGUCGGUGGUGAAUUUCAAUCUCCUAUCCGAAACGAUCAACGCCACGAAAUCUGGACGAUCGACGAUCUUCAAAUCCUCGAAGAAACACUUGAAGCAGUUUAUCUCCAAGUAUGAGUCUCUGGACACAGAGAUGCCCGGGAUCCGCAAGUUCGAUGAUUCUCCCGCCUCUCAUCCUCUGACACUCUGUGUGGAAUGUCCGGCCGAAAUGGACCUGACCCACAAAGACAUCAUGUCGGCGGCUGAGAACAUUCUCCCCGACGCCUUCGCCGAUGGCCGCAUCACCAGCAUCCAGUUCGAGAACGUCAAUGUUAUUUGCGGCUCCUCUGGGCUGAAGAAUAGGUGGCUGAUCAACGUGUCGGACUUCCAGACCAGGAGCUUGUUCCUCAACUCCGGCCUCAUCAUCAACAAAGUCUACCUGGCCGUGCAGCGCUAUGACGACCUGCUGAUGGAGGAUUACAAGUUACACCUGCGCAGGGCGAUGGCUCAGAAGAAAGUCUUGGAGACUUUGAAUGAAACGGCUAACCUGGGCAUGAAGGCGAGGUAG